ACAAAAGCACGAUACCCAAAAAUUAUAAACUCAGCUUCUUUUCUCUUCUCUUCUCUUCUUCUCUUUUUCCACGUUUCCGUAUCCACAGUAUCUACACCAUCUAAAGUUUUAUACACACAUUAAUUUCGAUCUAUUCUCUUUGUUUCUUGCAAAAAAAUCGUCGACUUGAUCUUUAACACAUUAAAUCAGACAAAGAUCUCUGCCUUUUUCUUCUUUGUAACUCAGUCUAAAUAUCAUCAAUGGAGAAGGAAGACUUGUACGCUGUUAUGGAUUUGAACAACGAAUGUACACAAGGAGAUCUCAGACUUUCUUACAAGAACCUUGUUCUGAAAUGGCAUCCAGAUCGGUUUCAUGAAGAAAUUGAGAAAGACGAAGCCAAUAUGAAAUUCCAAGCAAUUCAACGAGCCUAUUCUGUUUUGUCGGAUUCGAACAAGAGGCUGUUGUAUGACGUCGGAGCGUAUGAUAGUGAUGACGACGAAACUGGAAUGGCUGAUUUCAUAAAUGAGAUGGUGACACUAAUGGCUCAAACUCAAUCCACGGGGGACGAAACUUUAGAAGAAUUUGAAGAGUUAUUUGACGAAUUGUUGAAGGAUGAUGUGUAUCAAUUCAAAACUCGUUCAUCUUCGUCUUUAAAUGGCACUUCUUCUACUUCGGCCCAUGGAGACGAUUCAUCAAAUGAUAUUCCGAAUAAACGUUGAAAACUAUCGCUGUAUGUUAUAAGUUCUAAUGAGGUAGGUGGUCCAUCGACGAGAUUCCGGGUUGGCAAUAGAAGAUCUAAGAAGUAGAGCAUACACGUUUACAUUUGGGAACUUCUUCAUAUAAAUUAUUUAUUUUUCGUUGUGGUGCUAGAAUAUGUGGUAUGUAAAUUUUUUUGUAUACAAUGUCUUCAAACUUUUAGGUCGUUCGAAAUCUCAAUUUAAUGUUCGAGAAAUCAAUGGUGGACUAGUUGUUAAAUGAUUCAGUUUGGAAGUAGAGACCAAAAUAAUAUUUUCUAUUUC